AUGCUUCGCAUUGGGGUCGACGUUGGCGGUACGAACACCGAUGGUGUCUUGAUCGACGUCUCUAGGACCGCUGAACCCAACCGUGGUAUUCUGGCGUCUUUCAAGAGCCCUACGACCCCCAAUGUAUCUGAGGGAAUCGAGACGGCCGUGCAGACCGUCAUGGAGGAAGCAAGGGUAGAUCCUCACGAGAUCACAUCCUUGACGAUUGGAACGACGCAUUUCAUCAAUGCUGUUCUCGAGCAGGACGUCAGGCGAUUGAAGAAGGUUGCAGUUAUUCGUAUCUGUGGACCAUACACUCGCCAAUGUCCACCUUUUGUUGACUUUCCACCUCAGCUCCGUGACAUCAUGGAGGGCCAUGUCGGCUAUGUCGACGGUGGUCUCCAGAUCGACGGUAGCGAGAUUCUCCCCCUGAGUGAGGAACAAGUUGUCGCCGAGUGCAAGAUCAUCAAGUCAAAGGGCAUUAACAACGUUGUCUUGGUUGGCGUAUUCAGUGCGCUCGAUACGGAGGGGAACUAUGAGCUGAAGGUGAGAGAGGUCGUCCUGAGGGAGCUUGGAAGGGACGUCAAUGUGGUGUGCUCUUCGGAAGUCGGCCAUCUGGGUCUUCUGGAGCGUGAGAAUGCUUCAAUUCUCAACGCUUCUAUUCUUACCUUCGCUCAGCGCACCAUGCGUGGUUUCAAGCGCGCCAUGCACCGUCUUAAUCUCUCUUGCCCUCUCUACCUCACUCAGAACGACGGUACCCUCACGACAGCCGCCAAGGCAGCUGCUCUUCCUAUCCGCACGUUCGCCUCUGGCCAGACAAAUUCGAUGCGCGGUGCUUCUUACCUCGCAGGACUGGAUCUUCGCAAGGAAUCUGGGAAGUCGAUCAUUGUUUGCGAUCUGGGCGGUACAACCUGUGAUGUUGGCGUGCUACUUCCCUCCGGUUUCCCUCGUCAAGCUGCCGCAUACAUCGAAGUUGGUGGCGUCAGGACCUCGUUUUCGAUGCCUGACCUCUUGAGUAUCGGUUUGGGUGGUGGCUCGCGUGUCAGGCAUGAGGAAGUUCACGGGAAGACUACUGUCGGCCCCGACUCGGUCGGUCACUUCAUAACGCGCGACGCCAAAGUAUUUGGUGGUGACGUCCUGACUGCGACUGACAUUGCCGUGGCUCUUGGCCGAGCCGACGUCGGCGACAAGUCGAAGAUCGCAGACGUUACACCUGAUCUUGCCGCUGCCGCUCAGGCAUCGAUCAAGAAGCAACUCGAGAACGUCAUUGAUCGCAUGAAGACGACGCCGGAGGAUGCGACCGUCCUCAUGGUUGGUGGUGGAUCUAUCAUCGCACCUGAUUCGCUAGAGGGUGUUGGUGAGAUCCUGCGUCCACCGUUCUUUGGCGUUGCCAAUGCUGUUGGUGCUGCUAUGGCAAAGGUUGCAGGCGAGGUCGAUACGAUCGAGAUCCUCGAGGGCAAACAACUUUCUGAAGUGCUCGAGAAGAUCAAGAAGGAUGCACUUGCGCGCGCUAUCGCUGCCGGUGGUGACCCUGGCAAGGUCUCGGUUGUAGAGGUGCAGAACCUGCCUGUGCAGUAUGUGACGAACCAGGCGACCCGCAUCAUUGUCAAGGCUACCGGAGAGCUCGGCGUUGAAGGAGCAUCUGGUAUUGGUCAGGAAGACAUAAAGAUUAUUCCAGAGGAAGACGAGGAGGUCGAGCCUCCGAAGCAAGUUCUCAAGAAAGCGAAUCAAAUAGAGAAGUUUGACCCCCUCACAUAUAGGCCAACAAUCAACGAGCAUCGCGAGUGGCUGCUUUCUGAGACCGACCUUGAAUGGAUUGCCGAAGGUGCCUACAUUCUGGGCACUGGUGGUGGAGGCUCGCCGUACUCUCCUAUGCUGAUGUGCAAGGAGCUCAUCCGGGAAGGCAAAGUGCCGAAGAUCGUGGAUCCCGACGAUGUUCCCGCUGACAAGCUCUUUAUGCGCACUUGUUUCAUGGGUUCACCUUCCGUGGGCAUGGAGCGUAUGACUGGCGGCAACGAGAUGCCCGCUGCGCUUGACGCUCUCAUGAAGCACAUGGACAUCACCGAAAUUGCUGGCACAAUCUCCGACGAGAUUGGUGGAGGGAACGGUAUCGCACCUAUUGUCGUCUCUGGCAGCAUUGGGGUCGCUACCCUCGACUGUGACCUCAUGGGACGGGCUUAUCCGAACAUGGACCAAACGCUCCCUGCCGUCUUCGGCAUUAAACAUGCCAGCUACCCCGUUGCGCUCGCCGAUGGAGUUGGCAACUCUUUAGUUAUGCAUACUGCCAAAGAGUCGAAGUCCGUCGAGACAAUCUUGCGUAAUGUCUGCACUACCAUGGGCUCCAGUGCUGCGGUGGCGGUGGCGCCUUUGAACCGCAAGCAAUGCCAGGACUAUGGCGUCCCAUACUCCGUCUCCCAAUCUUGGCGGUUGGGUCGUGCCAUUGCCAUUUGCCGAGCAAAGAACGACAUGAAGGCGGUUCCGUCCGCCAUCUUCGAAGUGCAGGGCGGCAAGUGUCUGUUCGUGGGCAAGAUUGUCGACGUCAAGCGCGAAGUACGUGCCGGGUGGACAUGGGGUGAGGUCACCAUCGCCGCCUUGCAGGAUGAUGAGCAGGACGAAACGACCAAGGAUCCCAUGGUUCCCACUUACGGACCCAACGACCUGCUUCGCAUUCCGUUCCAGAACGAGAAUAUUGCUGCCUAUCUGGACAAACCCGACAGGACUCGUGAGAUUCUCACCUCUGUACCCGAUCUUGUAUCUGUCCUUGACAGUCAAUCUGGCUCCAACCUUGGUACACCGGAGUAUCGCUACGGUCUUCGCGUUACUGUCAUUGCCCUCGCAGGCGAUGAGAAGUGGACUAAGACAAAGCAAGGACUGAUUUCUGGCGGCCCGCCUCGAUUUGGCCUUGACAUUCCCUUCGUCGCCGCUGGCAAGUACAGGACACCCAGCAGCGUUAUCAAGGAAUAUUCUCCGAAAUAA